AUGGACGGCAGUGGUGGUGGUGGUGGUUACCGGUCGUUUUCCGUCAACUUCCCGAACCCCAUCCUCCCACCUUUCCCACCGGUGAUUGUUCACCGAAGAUACAAUCAUCAAGAGAUUCUUCCCUUCCCUGAGAGAUUUGGUUCUUCUUCGUUCCAUGGCAGCGCAAGCAGUACUAACAGCCUGCUGCCGGCGGCCGAUGCCGCGACAGCGUCUUGGCUGAGUCAUCUCCAGAACGUGAACUUUGGGGGGAGCCGUGGCAGCUUUCCCCACGGACUGGUGGCGCCGCCGCCGGCGAGCUGGGGUAACCAGAACCCGGAGAUGAUGAGCGCCGCUGGCAGUCCUGAAGAAACAAGGAGAGAGAAAGGACAUGAUGAGCGCCGCUCCUCUAAUGGCGUCGCCUUCAUCAAGGGCCAGUGGACUGAAGAAGAAGAUAGGCUUCUGAUUAGGUUGGUGAACGAGCACGGAGAUAGGCGAUGGAGUGUGAUCGCCACCAAGAUUGUCGGCCGUGCCGGAAAACAGUGCAGAGAGAGGUGGCAUAACCACCUUCGUCCUGAUAUUAAGAAGGAAUCGUGGAGUGAGAGAGACGAGAGGCUGUUGGUGCAAGUGCAUGAGCAGCUGGGAAACCGGUGGUCGGAGAUCGCGAAGCGGAUUCCCGGCCGGUCGGAGAACUCGAUCAAGAACCACUGGAACGCCACCAAGAGACGGCAGUUCUCCAAGAGGAGAAUGAGGUCGUCGUCGUUGCAGGACGCCGGGAGCAGCCGCGCCGGCGGGAGGAGGAGAUCGGUGGUUCUUGAGAACUAUAUAAAGUUUAAGUACUUCAGUGGCCUCAGCCUCGGCCAGCCCGGAAGUUCGCUCGUUCCAGAGCAACCUUCAAUCCAACAACAGGUUAACGUCGACAUUCCGCCGCCGCAGCCGCUGCCGCCGGCAGCGGCAGCAGCGGCAGCUGCGGCGGGCGAUGAGCAAGACAGCCGCGAUUCUCCGUCGAUCUUGACGGAGACGUACGACGAUGAGGUGAACUUCAUGCAGAAACUGUUCGGUAACUCGUCGUCAUCCUCGACGUCGCCGACGGCGGCUAACAAUGGCUCCCGGAGCAAUAACACCGCCGAAUUCGCCGCGUUUGGGUGGAGGACUAAUGAAGUAGACAGCGUGCCGGAGGAGGACAGCUGGAGCACCUAUCUGGCGUCCGAUCCAAACUUAUACGAAAUGGGCGGUGCUGAUCAAAUCAACUCCUCAACUCCACAAGCUCCCGCCGCUAACAACACAAACUCCGGCGCCGGGUAUGGCAGCGCCGCCGCUUCUCACUGUGGAGCCCCACCCUUGAACCGCUGGUCUUCCUCCGCCACCGCCGCCGCAAUGGAUAUGGAUUUGAUGGACUUGGUGUCUGCAGCUUCUUCUUCUCGCUGCCCCCAUGGCUAUGGAAGCUGCUGCACCAAAACCCCGCGCCAAAUGUUCUAAUUACUAUCUUAAUUACUAAUUAAUGGUGUUUUAUGUUGCAAUUAGCAGACUUGUAAGCUAUAUUUAAUUUGCUUAAUGUGUGUGUAUGUAUAAUAUAAUUAUAUGUGUGGAUGUUAUCUUAAUUACCCAUAUGA